AUGGCCCCCAAGCCUAAGAAGCAGGGGGCGCCCUCCAGGGGCCAGCGCUCCAUCACAAUGUUCUUCCCUGGAGGCGCUGGGGGCAGCCCUGGCGGCGAGGCCCCUCGCUCCCCGCCAGCCAAGCGCCCGCGCACGGAGCGAAAGCAGCAGCAGCAGCCGCCGCCGCCGCCACCUGACAGCACGGCUGGAGGCUCUGAGCCGUCGCCGCCGCCUGCCGCCGAGCCGCCACGCCCCGUGCCGCCGCGGGCGCCGCUGCCAGCCAGCGACCCCGCCCAGGCCCGCGAGGCGAUGCAGCAGAAGCUGGCGCUGGUGGGGGAGCGGCGCGGCGCGGUCGCCAGGGCGGCCCAGCCCAUAGAGCCGCCGCAGCUGACGGGCGGCGGCGGGGAGGCGCCCAAGCUGACGCCCCUGGAGCAGCAGAUUGUGGCGCUCAAGCGGCAGCACCCAGGCAUCCUGCUGUGCGUCGAGGUGGGCUACAAGAUGAAGAUGUUUGGGCACGACGCAGAAGUGGCCUCGCGCGAGCUGGGCGUGUAUGCGUACCAGGACCGAGCCUUCCUGUGCGCCGGCUUCCCGAUGCUGCGCCUGCACGUGCACGUGCGGCGCCUGGUGCAGGCGGGGCACAAGGUGGGCGUGGUGCGCCAGGUGGAGACCGCAGCCAUAAAGAAAGCGGGGGACAACAGGGCGGGGCCGUUUGAGCGCCAGCUGACGGCGCUGUACACGCGGGCGACGCUGGAGGCUGGAGAGCUCGGGGGCAUGGCGGAUGAUGGGGAGGAGGAUGGCGACGAGGAGGAGCCCGAGGCGGCGGCAGCUGCUGCGUCGGCGGCGGCAGGCGGCAACGAGCAGCAGGGCGGCGCGCCUGGCUCGCCGAGCCGCGCGGCGGCCCCGCCGGCGGCCCCGCCGCGCCGUCGCUGGCGGCAGGCGGCUGCCCAGCCGGCCGCGCCCAGCAGCUACCUGGUGUGCUGCGUGGAGGAGGCGGUGCAGGAUGUCGGCGGGGCGGCGGUACAGGCAGUGGAUGUGGGGCUGGUGGCUGUGGAGCCCAGCACAGGCUCGGUGCUGCAUGCACAGUUCAGGGACGGGCUGCUGCGUCAGGAGCUGGAGUGCAAGCUGCUGUUUGCCGCGCCCGCUGAGCUGGUACUGGCGGAACCGGCAUCUGCAGAGACGCGCCGCCUGCUGGGGGCCAUCGGGCAGCAGCUGGGGGCCGCGCCGCGCCUGGAGGCGGUGCCUGGCGCCAGGUACCGCCAGGCCGGCGCCGCUCUGGACGCCGUGCUGGCAUUCUACGGCCGCCGCGAUUCGACGCCCGGCGGCGGCACCGGCGGCGAGCCCGCCCCCGCCGCCGCGCUGGAGGCGGUGAGGGCGCUGCCGCCGCUGGUGGCCCGCGCGCUGGCGCACCUGCUGGACUACCUGCGCCCCUUUGGACUCCAGUCGGUGCUGCGCCUGGGGGCCAGCUUCCAGCCCUGGAGCGGCGCGCAGGAGAUGCGGCUGAGCGCCAACACGCUGAGGCAGCUGGAGAUCUUCCGCAACGUGGAUGGCAGCCCCAAGGGCUCCCUGGUCAGCGUGAUGGACCACACCAAGACGGCGUUUGGGCGCAGGCUGCUGCACAGCUGGGUGGGCAAGCCGCUGCGGCAGCGCGCCGCCAUCGAGGCGCGGCUGGAUGCGGUGCAGGAGCUGGCGGAGGCGGGCGGGGACCAUCCGGUGUUGUGCCGCCUGGUGUCCACGCUGCGAAAGCUGCCAGACUUGGAGCGGGGGAUCACCCGCGCCUUCCAUGCCACCAUCCGCCCCUCAGACCUCGCAGCCCUGCUGCACCAGUUCAGCCAGCUGCAGGAGCAGCUGGGGGUGGGGGCCGGCGCGGCGGCGCCGGGCACCAGCGGCGAUACCGGCGGCAGCUGCUGCGAGGGAGCUGGUCCCGUGGCAGCUGCGUCACCGCAGCCCGCCGGGGGCGGGAGCGAGGCCGAGGGCGGGGCCAGCGGCGCCGCCGCCCCUCCCGUCGCCCUGCCGGGCGUGCGGUCGCAGCUGCUGCGCCAGCUGCUGCGGGCAGCCGCCGACCCGUCGGUGGCGGCAGCUGCCCGGCAGAUGCUGGACUGCAUGGACCUGCAGGCUGCGGCAGCUAACGACAAGGCCAACGUACUCAAGCCCAGCGAGCGGUUCCCCGAGGUGCUGCGCUGGCGGGAGGAGGCGGCGGCGGCGGAGCGCGCGCUGCAGGGCCUGCUGCCGCAGUACCGCCGCGCGCUGCAGAUCUCCACCCUCCAGUUCCAGACGCUGCAGAACCAGGGCGAGUAUCUGGUGGAGGUGCCUACAGACCUGGUGAAGCGAGUGCCCAAGGACUGGCAGAAGGUCAGCAGCGUGAAGAAGGGCGUGCGGUACCACCCUCCCGAGGUCACGGCAGGGCUGCAGCGCCUGGCGCUGGCCAGGGAGCACUUGAAGGCCGCCUGCGACGCCGCCUGGCGCCAGUUCCUGCUGGACUUUGGGUCCCACUACCUGGGCUUCCGCGCCGCAGUGCAGGCGGCAGCCGCCCUGGACUGCCUGUGCAGCCUGGCCACCCUGGCCUCCAGCGUGGGCUACUGCCGGCCCCAGCUGGCUGGCGAGGGCGAGGCGGCGCAGGUGCACAUCGAGGCGGGGCGGCACCCGGUGCUGGAGCUGCUGCUGGAGGGCAGGGGCCAGCAGGUUGUGCCCAACGACACGCACCUGCAGGUGCAGUGCGCCCUCAUCGCCAUCAUGGCGCAGGUGGGGUCGUACGUGCCCGCCGCCGCCGCCCGCCUGCGCCCGCUGGACGGCGUGUUCACUCGCAUGGGCGCCUCCGACUGCCUGGCGCUGGGGCGCUCCACGUUCGCUGAGGAGCUGGGCUACCCCGACGUCUGCUUCCGCCUGCAGCAGGCGCUGCCAGAGGCGGUGGCCUGCUACCGCAUGGCGCAUGUGGAGGAGGAGGGGGAGCAGCAGCAGCCGGAGCAGCAGCCAGAGCAGCAGCAGCAGCCGGAGCAGCCGGAGCAGCAGGUGGGGCAGGAGCAGGAGCAGGAGCAGGAGCAGGAGCAGCGCCAGCGCCGGCGCCGGCAGGCGGCCCUGGGGCGUGUCGUGUUUCUGUUCAAGUUGGUGCCGGGCGUGGCCCCCGCCUCCUUUGGCAUCAACGUCGCCCGCAUGGCGCAGCUGCCAGACACCGUGCUGCAGCGGGCAGCCGAGGUGGCGGCGCGGGUGCAGGACAGCGCGGAGCGGCGGCGGCGGCAGCAGGCGGCGGCGGCGGCGGGCGGCGGCGGCGGCUGCGGUGGCGGCGCCGCCGAAGAGGAGCGGGCGGCGCAGCUGGCGCGGCAGUGCCGCCAGUUCCUGCAGCUCUCGCUGUCGGCGGGGCGCGUGGAUGUGGAGGCUGGCCGCCAGCUGCAGCAGCAGGCGCGUGCGCUGCUGGCCGGCUGA